AUCAAUGGCAGUUGAUUUUAAAUUUCUAGAAUGUUAACGUAUUUGUUGUUGUUGCUGUUGAUGCUACAAUUAAACGACAUUUAAGUGAAAUCAUAACAAAACAAAUAUUUAUACUUGUGUUAAUAAAUAAACAAAUAAAAAUGACAGAAGUUAGCGCUGAAUCUAUAAUUUCAAACAAUGACACUGAUGUUCGUAAGUCAGCUGAAGAAAUGGAUGAACAAAGACAAAAAACAACAGCAUACGAAUAUUUGUGUCAUUUAGAAGAAACAAAAAUAUGGAUGGAAGCAUGUCUUCAUGAAGAGCUACCACCAACAACAGAACUUGAAGAAAAUUUUCGUAAUGGUAUUUAUUUAGCAAAACUUGCUAAUUUUAUGGAUCCAAUUGGUGUUCCAUUAAAAAAAAUAUAUGACAUUGAACAAAGAAGAUAUAAAAUUGCUGGUUUACAAUUUCGUCAUACUGAUAAUAUUAAUUUGUUCAUUACUUGUAUGAAAAAAAUUCAAUUACCAUUGACAUUUCAACCAGAAACAACAGAUAUUUAUGAUAAAAAAAAUAUGCCAAGAGUUAUUUAUUGUAUACAUGCAUUAAGUACACAUUUAUUUAAACUUGGUAAAGCACCACAAAUACAAGAUUUAUAUGGUAAAGUUAAUUUUACUGAUGCUGAAAUAAAUGCUGUUAAAGAAGAGCUUAAAAAAUAUGGUAUACAAAUGCCAGCAUUUCAAAAAAUUGGUGGUCUUUUAACAAAUAACAUGGCUGGUGAUACAGCAGCACUUCAUGCUGCUGUUAUUGCAAUAAAUGAAUGUCUAAUAGAACCAUUAAAACUUGAUGAACUAUAUGAAAGUUUAAGCAACACAUCAGCAAGAUUAAAAAAUAUAAUUUAUGACCAUAUAAAUAUUUAUUAUGACAUACUAAUGAUUGCAAAAGAUGUUAAAAAACAAGCAGCUAUUAAUCGUUCAUUGAAUGACAGUUAUAUUGCUGAUGCAUAUGAUGAGCUGCUAACACAAGCUGAAAUACAAGGACACAUCAAUAAUAUAAAUUGUCGUUGUGCAUAUGAUAAAGUAUUAAAAUCAUUAAACACUGGUGGUGAUGAAUUGCUGGUGGCAUUGAAAAAUCCAAAUUUAAAAUUGGAAAAUAUCAUGACAAGUAAUGUUGAUUUAUAUCAGGGUAUAUUGAAAAUACUUGUUAGUAAUAAUAGUGAUGAUAAUGAUGAGUAUUUUAAGAGUAGCUGUCAUUGGUCUGAUGUGCUACAAAAAAAAAUAAACAUUGCAAAUGACGUUGCUGAUAGAAGUACAAGACAACAACAAGCUGUUGAUGAUUUGAAUAAAUCACUUGAUAAUAAUUCAGAGGAAGAAUUUUAUAAAGCAUUAAUUACAGAUUUAUGGGUAGCUGAUUAUGUUGAUGUAUUUUGUGUACCAUUAUAUUUUUGGGAAUUAAAAAUUGAUCGUAUUGAUUCAAAUGCUGAUAUAACAAUGGAAGAUAUUAGAUCAAGUAUACGUGUGUUGACAGCUGUUGGUUGUAUAACAAAAGCUGUUGAUAUUGGUGAUCCAGAACUUGUUUAUCAGGCAUUAAAAAAUCCAGAUACACAUGUACAAGGUAUUGAUGAAUAUAAUAAAGUAAAAUAUUAUCAGGCACUUGAACAGGCACGUUUUAAUAAUCAAAAUAAUGAUAAAAAAUUAUGUACAAUAUUGACAUACAAUGACAUACAAGAAUGCAUUGAUUAUGUCAAUGAACAAUGCUGUAAUGAUGAUGAAGCAAUUAAUAUAUUACGUGAAUUAAAUAAUGCUGUUAAAUUAAAUAAUAGAUCAAAUUUAAUAAAAGCAUUAUGUAGUUUACAUUUAAAAAUUAAUAAAACAAUAUCAUCAAAUGAUGUAUCAUUGUAUUUAAAAUUAUUUCAUUGUUGUCUUGAUAAUAAAAAUAAUGAUGCAUCUGAAUUAUGGCUUGAUGAUAUUGAAUAUGUUGUUGAUACAGUUGAUGAACAAAUAAAACAUGUUAAAAGUAUCAUUGAAAUAUUAACUAACUUAAAUAAUGCCAUUGAAAGUAAUAAUAUUAUUGGAACAAUAAGUUGUCUACAAGAAACUGGAAUAAAAAUAAAUAUAAAUGAACAAAAAAAAUAUUACAAAGCAUUAAAAAGUUUAAAAAAUUAUAAAAAUAUAAAUUAUCAUUCUUGUUGGAUUUCAUAUGUUACAGAAAUUGGUGUUGAAUGUUUUUUAAAUCUUGAUGAUUAUAAUUAUACAUGGGAUAGACCUAAAAAUUAUGAAUCAGUUAGUCGUUUUAUAACAAUUGAUGACAUUGAAGAUAUUAUUAAAACAACAACUGCUGAAGAAUAUAAUUUACCAUCUGGUAGAAUUGAUGAGAAGUUGAUAAUAAAGCUACAAGCAAUUGCACGUGGUUAUUUAUUGAGAAUGAAAAUAUCAAAACGUCUUAUGUAUUUUUGUGAUAAUAUUGAUAAAAUAAUUGUCAUUCAAUCAGCAUGGCGUGGUUAUUUACAACGUAAAUUAUAUGCCAAUGAGAGAAUAUCAAAUAAUAAAAUGAAAAAAUUUAAAAUAAAACGUACAUUUAAUUAUUACGAGAGUAAUAUUAAUAAAAUUAUUAAAAUUCAAGCAUUAUGGAGAGGUUACACAGCUAGAAAAGCAUUUCAUUCAUUAUUAAAAAUUGAUAAAAUACCAUUUUCAGAUGUACGAUAUUUUUCUGGUGUAUUAAAUUUAAAUUCAGUUGAUUAUGAAAAAGAUUUACAAAUGAGUAAAUUAAAAAAUGACGUUGUACAAACAAUAAGACACAAUCAAAAUUUAUCACAACAACUUGAUAAUAUGGAUAUUAAAAUAGCACUAUUAAUACAAAAUAGAAUAACACUACAGGAUGUCAUUGCACAUGGUAAAAAUCUUGAAAAUUUAACAAAAGAAAAAACCUCAAGAUCAAGAAAAAAUUCAACAAAUGAUAAUAGCAUUAUUAUAAAUAAAGGAUUAAAAUCAUUAACAAAAGAUGGAAGAAAAAUGUUGGAAAAUUAUCAAUAUUUAUUUUAUGCAUUACAAACAAAUCCAGAUUAUUUAACAAAGUUAUUAUUUAGUUUACCAGAAAGUAAAUCAAAUAAAUUUUUAGAAAAUGUUAUAUUAACAUUAUUUAAUUUUGGAUCAAAUAUUAGAGAAUAUUUAUUAUUAAAAUUAUUUGGUUGUUCAUUGGAACAAGAAAUAAUGUUAAAAUAUCAAAAACCAUCAGAAGUUGUUACUGGUAAUCCACUUGUAUUAAAAAUUGUUGUUAAUUAUUCACGACAAUUAAAUAGACAAAAAUCAUUGAGACAAAUACUUGGUCCAAUUAUUGAAAAAGUACUUGAUGAUAAAACAAUAUGCAUUGAAACAAAUCCAGUUGAUAUAUAUAAAUGUUGGAGAAAUAAAUUAGAAAUGGAAACUGGUGAAAAUCAAAAUUUACCAUAUUCAGUAACACAUGCACAAGCAUUGAGUUAUCAACAAGUUCAAGAACGUUUAACACGUGGUAUUAAAAUAUUACGUGAUACUGUAACAUUAUUUCUUAAUAAAAUUACUGAAUCACGUGAUUUAAUACCAUACAGUAUGCUUUAUAUGGCAAAAAUAUUAUACAAUACACUUGUUAAAAAAUUUCCAAAUUCACCAGAGAAAGAUUUCUUAAAAGUCGUUGGUAAUUUGAUAUAUUAUCAUUUUAUAAAUGCAGCAAUUGUUAAUCCAGAUGCAUUUGAUAUAAUAACAACACCAGCUGAUCGUUCAUUGUCAAAUGAUCAACGUAGAAAUUUAGCAAGUAUUGCUAAAAUAUUACAAUUUGCUGCAUCGAAAAAAGGCUUUGGUGAUGAAUCAACACAUUUGAUAUGUUUAAAUCCAUUUAUCAUUGAGUGUCAUGAGAAAUUUAAGAAAUUUUGUUCUUGUUGUCAAAUUGAUGAUCUUGAAGAACACUUUAAUAUACAUGAAUAUACUGAAGCAACAUUAAUUCAUAAACCAGAAAUAUACAUGUCAGUACAAGAAAUAUGUGAUACUCAUAAUUUAUUGCUUGAAUAUCAGUAUGACAUUGCACCAGAUCCAAAAGAUAUACUGCAUGAAUUGCUGGAUGACCUGGAGUCAUCACCAACUGUUGCAUCAUUGAUGGGUAUUACUGAACAGCCAAUUUGUGAUUCAACAUUAAUUAGACUUGGUAAAACAGAAGUAUGUCUUGUAUUGACAAAUAAAUUUCAAGUACCAGAUACAUGUAGUCAAAGUUUAAAUAAAUUAUUUAUCAUAACAAAAGAAUUACUUGUAUCAGUAUUAAAAUAUUUAUCUGGUAAUAAUCUUAUUGAUGCACUUGAGUUACCAUCAACAAAACAACAAAAUAUUUUAUACAAUGAACAAUAUAAAUCAUCACAAUUAACAUUUAAAUUAUUACAUAAAAAUUGUAUGACACUUGAUGAUUGUAAAAAACAACUUAAAAAUUAUUUAUAUAAACUUGAAUGUGGUGGUUUAGUUAGUAGAAAUGAUGGUUAUCAAAAAAUAAUAACAGCAAUUGCUAAGGAUCUUUGUAAUAGAGGUAAAUAUAGAAAUAUUAGAAAUAAAGAAUUACAAACAUUGAGAGCAACAAGACAACGUUUACAAGAAAAAACAAAAUAUUAUGCUGAACAAGUACAAUAUUAUAAUCAAUAUAUUAAUACAUGUUUAGAAAAUUUACAUACUGGAAAAGGUUCAUUACGUUCAAUUAAAUUAUCAAAAAAUAAUCAUGAAAAUAAUCAUGAAAAACUUAAAUCAAAAUCAACAUUAAAAUAUUCGGCAAUUAAAUUAUUUGAAAAGGGUAUUGUUGUUGAACUUGAUGGUUUAACAAAUGGACAAUUUAAAAAUAUAUCAUUUGAAAUAACACCAACUGAACAAAGUGGUAUAUUUACAAUAAAAGCCAAAUUUUUAGGUGUACAAAUGGAAAAAAUUGAUAUUGAUAUACAAAAAUUACUAGAAUUACAAUUUGAAGGACGUCCAAUUAUGGAUCUUUAUGGCAGAGCCAAAAUAAAUGUCAAUCUUUUAUUGCAUCUUAUUAACAGAAAAUUUUAUGGAAAAUAAAUUUAA